CACAGUUCUCUCUCAGGCCAGUUUCGAACAGUCCGGCCAGGCACGCAAGCGCUGUGGAUCCUGGUCGUCGCAGGUCCAGGUUGGAGAUGCAAGCUUGCGCAACAUCCACAAUCCACCCUAUCCGAGACCUCGAACACCAGUCCGAAGACGAGGCUCAGGGCUUCUUCCAUCCCAACCACAACCCCGGUCGCUAAUACAGAAGCUUCCUGUAUCGAGGCAGAGACCCCUUUCAAACGAAUCAAUGACGAAUCCCAUGAUUGGAUCUCGUUAUUAACACCCAAUCCCUGGACACUUCGCUCCAUCCCAUCCCAUCCCUGAUCGAGCCCGAAGCAUCGAUACAUACGGAGUACGGAGUACUAAACGGAGCCCGCGGAACUCUACACACACCCGACAAUGAGGCGCUGGGCGACUUCUAUUCUUUUGCUGCUGCUGUCAGUAUGGACAGCGGCGGCAUUGGAGAUCAAGCUAGACCAGAACGAGAAUCAACGAUGCGCCGGCAUGUAUAGCAAGAACGCGUGGGGCGGCCCCGUCGACCCCUACAUCCACGUGAAGUUCACGGGCGUCGGCAAGGACGAAGGCAAGGACCCCGUAGUGAGCCUGCUCAUCUUCGACUGGAUGGAUCAGGAGUACCUCGACGUGCUACCGGGAAGCACGGACAAGGCGGCCAUCUGCCAACAGGAGUACGUCGAUGCCGGGUACUGCAAUACAACCGACAUUGGCAGGUUCCUCGUCUCGCCCAACGCUACCGAGAAGUCGGUCAACGUUAUUUUGACCCAGGCAAUGCACCUCAAGAAGUCGGCUCCCAUCAAGUAUCCCAUCUCCAAGACGGGCUACUUCUGCGUCGUUACCGAGAAGUUUGACGCAACCAGCUACGAGGCCAUCGUCGAGUUCCGCAACGCCUUCGGCGAGCUUCCGGCCACCCAGAUCCCGAAACUGCCGUUCUACGGCGGGAUUACCAUCGCAUAUGCGCUGGUGCUGGUAUUCUGGGGUUUCUUGUACUUCCAGCAUCGUUCCGACAUAUUGGCCGUCCAAAACUACAUCACGGCGAUCCUCAUCUUCUUGGUUGUGGAGAUGCUUAUGACCUGGGGCUUCUAUGACUACCUGAACAGAAACGGGUCGAAUGUCGGCUCGCAGGUCCUUCUCGUGGUCGUCGCGGUCCUCAACGCCGCCCGCAACUCCUUCUCCUUCUUCCUCCUCCUUAUCGUCUGCAUGGGCUACGGCGUGGUCAAACACACGCUCGGCCGCACCAUGAUCUACGUCCGGUGGCUCGCCAUCGGCCACUUCGUCUUCGGCAUCGUAUACGCCAUCACCAGUUUGGUUGUCAACCCGGACACGGCGGGUCCCUUCGUGCUUCUCAUCGUCCUUCCUCUCGCCGGCACGCUCACGGCCUUCUACGUCUGGACGCUCAACUCGCUCAACUGGACGCUUAAGGACCUUCGCGAGCGCAAGCAGCACGUCAAGGAGACCAUGUACCGCAAGCUGUGGUGGUGCAUCCUCGUCUCCAUCAUGGUCAUCUUCGCCUUCUUCUUCUUCAACUCCUUCUCCUUCGCCUCGGCCCGCGACCCGGACUACGUCCCCUUCCACUGGAAGACGCGCUGGUUCGUGCUCGACGGCUGGCUCAACAUCGUCUACUUUGCCGACGUCGCCUUCAUCGCCUACGUCUGGCGCCCGACCGCGAACAACCGGCGCUUCGCCAUGAGCGACGAGAUCGCGCAGGAGGACGACGGCACCUUUGAGAUUGCCAACCUGGACAUCGGAAACCCGGAUGAGUCGGACGACGACGAGGAGGCUAGGAUCGAGGGCGCGAAGCCGGGCCAGAACGGUCAGACCCAGGCGACCGGGAGCGGGCCACAACCUUCUCAGGUACAGCGCUCGCAGUCGUCUGCGGCCGGCGCGGCGACGGCGAGGAAACCGUCGCCGCCCAUGCCGAGGGAGUCGCUGGAUGGCGAGACCAUCUUUGCCGUGGGCGAGGACGGGAAGUUCUCGGACGACGACGAUGACGACGACGAGGAGGACGACGAGGAAGAGGAGGAGAGUAGUGAGGAGGAGUCUGGGCGGCUGGUUAGGACGAGGAAGUAGAGGGGGAGAGGACUGUUUCUUACGCACUAUUCAAGGUUCACCUAGAUUUCCACCAAAACGGGUACUUGUGAGAUGGAUGGUCGAGCUGUACUAUAGCGAUGACUGGCGUUGUUGGGUGGGAUUAUUGGUAUCUACUAGUAUUGCAUCGUUAUUUCAGCGGGAUUUUGGUCAUAUAACGAUUGAAGGAGCCACCGUCCUUGGGACCAUCCUGUACCGUGCACGCAGUAAUCGAAGCAGUUCCAAGCC